UUCCUUCCUUGUUCGCGCGGCCGUUACCGUUUCCAUCCCGGCCCGCACCGAUUGUACACGUCGGGUACCGGCGGCCGCGUAGUGUUUUAGUACCGUCACGAAUACCGUCCCGGUACGCCGUGCACCUGUUUUCCGGUUUUCCCCGGCCGAAUCGUCAUCGCGUCAGUUCGGCCCGUUCUUGCGCCGACGAGCGUCGCGCGUGAUCCUCAGUCCGUCCCGUCGACCGCGUUAUCGUCGUCCGGUCCGCGGCCCGUCGGCCAUGCGUUCGCGCUCGAGACCGUCUACCCGUUACGGUUCUACGUAGUCCGACGCGCGGUGUUCGCGACGUUCUCAUUGCGCGGCGGUUCUACGCGCGUUUCCCGUAUCCGCAUCGCGAUGCUCGUCGAAACGGUGUCCGACGCGCACGUCCAUUUCCACUACUCGGCUAGAAGGUUCAGGGACGUGUUGUUGGCUAACAUCUUGGCGAACCAAAACAAAAACGAGGUGAAUAAUGCUGGGAAAGCGGCAAAAUCUGGUGUACGAGAAGGAUUCUUAAUCGAAUCGAUAAAUGCAGCAUCUGUUGAUCAUCUCACAUCAAAUGAAGCUCAAACUUUAAUUAAAAAUUGUGGAGACACGUUAACCAUUGGCGUUUAUCGACCAUCCAAAACUAAUAAUUCGGUCCAAAAUGACCUGGAACACGAGGCUGAAGCUAAAGCAUGUGUUGAUAAAAGUGGAAAACCAAAAUCGGCGGACACAGAAACAACGAACAAAAAAAGUAAAAGAAUUCGAAAACGUAGGAGGAAAAAGAAAUCCGCAGAAUCAUCUGCAGAACAAUUAGUAGACGAACAAUCAAAAAAUGUACCAGUUAAAAUAACUGAACAAAAACAAGAACAAACGCAAGUGAUAGAAAAUCCAAAAAUAGAAAUAAUAGAAGCAAAUUCAGAUUUACGAGUAGACGAAUUAGAAUGGAUUAAACGUAAUGAAGCACUUUUAAUAGCCGAGCUGGAAACACGACGGCAAGCUGGUUUACCAAUACAAGUGGUAGUUAGAGUCGAAAAAAUUACACCUUCAAUGCCAGAGUAUUGUCAAAUCGUUCCAGAUUUUUGCCAUUUAGAUGUAAUAAAAGAGGAAGCUAGUGCUAGCGAAGAAGAUCUCAAAAAAGAAAAUCGGGAAUGUUCAGAUAAAAAUGUAGAGACAAAUAAUGUUAUAACAAUACCGUAUGACUGGGAAAGUUCAGAUGUUGCCGAAGACAACAACAUUGAAUUAAACCGUAUUUCAAAAGCUAAUUUAAAUGAAUCCGUAAUUUCAGAAUGUAAUCUCUCAAGAUUAGAAUCCCCAUCUUUAGUUAGAGAGUCGGAAAUUCUUAGGUUCGCAGAUAUUGUGUCAACUGAAAAUGAAUGUGUGAUUGAACUAGAAACACUUGAACCAUUAAAAGAUUUAUCGUUUGAUGUCGAAAAUGUAAAAACAUUAGAAACUAAUGAAUGCACUGAUGCUACUUUAAUUAAUAAUUUUAAUGAUGAAAAAAAUAUAACAAAAAAUUACGUGGCUGACAAUGUAAAAAUUAACGACAAACUAGAACAAAAUAAGAAUAUGUGCCAAACAUUAAAUAAUAAUUUACUAAUAAAUUGUAGUCGCGAACAAAAUCAGUUGACAAGUGAUACAAUACUUUACACAGAUUCAUUCGAAGAGAGUCCUUAUGAGGAUAUAUAUUACGAUAAAAGUCUUAAAACAGUGCAAUGUAAUAAUAAUCAACUUAGUAACUUCGAUGCUUCAAAUAAAAAAGGUCAACUUACUAACUAUUCAACUUCUACUGAACUUUCACACAAGCCAAGUUUUAAGAAGUAUAGUGUAUUUUCAAAAAGUAAACAUUAUUUAAAAACAACUGAAGUUGUCCACCAUGAAAAUACAGAGCACGAAAAUUCUUCGGAUGAUAGUACCGUAAAACAAUAUGUGACUCAAAAUCAUAAAUAUAAAACACGCAGUCAAAAUAAAGUUUCAAUUUACGAUAAAUUAAAACAAAUAGCAAGAUUACUUCAGGACGAUACGGACGAUUAUGAAGAAAUACAAUCACCACAAACUACUUCUAGAUGUGUCUCGAUAGCUUCUGACUCUGAAAUGGACUCCGAUUGGAUAAGUUUUACAUUAUCUGAUGGCGAGUCAGCUAAGUCUUUAUGUCUGUCACCUAGUCAAGCGAAAUCGGGUUAUGCACCGUCCACUGUGUCCGAAACAUCUGAAAUUAUUGAUCUCCACAAAAAAUUUCUAAAAAGAACAAAAAGUCCAAAUUUUUCUCCGUACCAAGACAAUAUGGCUGUAGAAAUUUUAAGUUAUAGCGAUUCGCCAUCACCAUCCCCAUCAAAAUCAUACAGUUCCGAAGUUGUUGAUGAGGCAUGUCGAAUGUGUGGUACUAGUGACGAACCGUUAUCUGAUGCUGAAUGUCUAGUGUCUUUGCGCAAGUAUCGAGAAACUCGAUCUAGGUUAUUGGAUGUAAUCCAAAAAGAGCAACAUCUUAAUCGAUCAGUCAUCGAUCGACCGUCAUCAAUGCCUACGUUUAUUGACACACUGUCGGUUCCCGACAACCAAACCAGGGAACGCAUGUAUACGGAGUACAUGGAAAAAGUGAAGGAAAGAGAAGAUAGACUUCACAAUAAAGUUAUUAGAAUAACGAAGGCUUGUAGACCACUAUCGUCGGGAAGUUUACAAGCAUUAAACGACAUUGACGUAGAAUUUGUAACUAAAGCUCGUGAGAGAUUAGAAAAAUUGGGCGUCGAGCCAGAUGUGCAUAUAGAAGUGAAAGAAGAAUAUUAUCCAAGGCACUUGGUGGAUAUUGUGCCUGAAGAAGAAGUUUGCAUUGAAGAAGUGCAAAUGAAUGUUAGAACAAAUAACAAAUUAUUAAAACGAAGGAUAUCUGAUUGUUCACUUCUUGAUGAAAUCGAUCAAGUAUUUGGCGGAUAUUUGACUAGGAAAAAUAUAGGUGUGUGGUCACCGGAAUUGAAACAUAAAUCAUUGGACUUGGAGAAUAUUUCUCGAAGAGUAGAAAAAAAAUCGCCUCCAUCUGAACUGCCUCCAGUAUGGACACCCAAUGCCAGUCCAACACCGGAAAGAAAAACUUACAAACCGAUCAAGUUUGAAUCGCCGACGUUAUCACGAAAAAAACUUAACUUGGAUACCCAAAAAGCAUCACCGAAACCCCCAACAGAUUUACCGGUAUUAAGUCCACCAACGCCUCCUCCUCCUCCUGCAUUGCCAUUAACAAUAAAAGGCGAUGAAAAUGUUCACAUCACCGACAGGAAACUUCCAAGAGUUCAAAGCCCCACUGUUACGCUCCUUCAGAAAGCAAGAGAAGGACAAUUACCAAAAGGCUCUGCAUAUCUUGAGUCAGAAGAAAACAAUAUGAACAAAGAAAAUAAAAUAAAAGGUUCUACUGUCAAACGAAAUGUUGAAACUGAAGAAAUAAAAUAUACGACAAGGCGCGAAUAUGACAAUCAAUCAAGCGAGAAAAAACCAAAAAAAAUGGUUGAAAUUACUGCAAAAAAGUAUGAAGGCAUCGGUCCGACAACCAAAGAAGGAGUUCCUAUUGUAUUAAGAUCGGAAAUUAAAGAACCAAAUCAACCAAAAUGGUACAAGCAAAUGUACGAAUCUUUACAUAAGUUUCAAUCAGAUGAUGAAGGUGUAACAGUACGAUACAAAACAUUAAAACGAGACUCAAGAGCUAGAAAUAAUGAUGGAUAUUUAUCUGAACCCGAAAAGGGAUACGAUUCAGAUUUUGCAGAAAACCGACUAUUUCAAAAUUUGGAUGGUGAUCACUCAAAAAUUGUUUCCUCGACUAGAAGGUCAGCAUCACCGGUAAAAUGUGGCCAGGACCGAUACAAAAAUCAACCAAGACCAAUUGAAAACUAUGAACCAGGACAUUCUUCGAUUGCUGAAAAGGAAACAAAACAGUGGUGGGAAGAGGCAGUUAAUACGUUUGAUGAGAAUGCAGAAUCUCAAAUCCCCUUUCCUCAAAACCGUACUUCAUCAAAGAAAUCAAAUAUGGCUCAAGCGUUGAAAGAAACUGGAUAUGAUAGCGAUUCCACAUUAAUAUUUAAAAGACAGGACACUCAAUCCCAAUGUCUUUCACCAACAGAACAAAAAACUGCGUAUAAAGUAAUACAAAACGGUGGAGAAGUACCAUUUCAAGGCCUACGAAAAAAUUUCCCUGAAAGACCUAAAGAUUUGGAGUUGGAGUACUUGCCAAUUACGUCUCAUUUAACUAAAAUUCAAAUUAUGAAAUGCGAUAAUGAAGUAAUUCAUCAUCCUUGGAAAGAAGUCACUUGUUAUCCAGUGUUUUCAAAUUUUAAAAGAACAGCCAAAUCAUCAGCUAGUUCUACGGGAUCACCUCCUACUCCUCCUCGGCGAGAAUCAUCUCGUAAAAAUUCUAGACUUGAGCGAUGGACAAAAAAAGUUGACGUAGAAUCUAGUGUCGAACUUAAAGUUCGUAAGUUGAAACCUACAGAAACAGAUAAGAGAACAAGAAGUAUGAGUUUAAAAAGUUCUUCAAAAAUGUAUACUAAUGACAUUAAAAGAGAAAAAGACAAGUCUCUUAAAGUUACUAUGGCAGUAUCAACCAAAGGAAAGCCACUUACAAGGUCCAGUACAUCAUCAACAAAUUCUUCUGAAACAUCAUUGUCUAAAAAAACCAAAUCAAUGUCAACUCCGUCAAGAAGCAUUCCAAUUUCCAAAGCUGUUCAAAAAACUGCUACAAAAGAAAAAUCGACAAAAAAUAAUUUAGUUAAAGCUAACGGUGGAAAACGGCUUACCAAAAAAAUUGAAAUUGUCAAAACAUCGGCAAAAUCAGAUUCAAAAAGUGAGAAAACUGAAAAAAAUAAUGAAAAACAAAAUCAAUUUGGAGAAGAAUUUUUUCAACAGUUACUUUUAACUGAGGAUACUAAAAAACAAAUGUCUAAAGUAAAUCCAACUAAAACCAAAGAAAAACCUAGAGUGAUUAAACGCAGAGAAAGUAAAAUAGAUGUAUACUUAACAAGCAAAAAACCAGUAUCUCAAUCAAAAUUUAAAUCAUUAGAUAAAUACCAAUGUUCUGGGUUAACAGAUUGGGAUCAGUUUGGCGAUGAAAGUACAGAUUAUUUAAAAGGUAGAAGUGCCAGCGAACCACCCUCGCGAUCUCCGUCUUCUCGUCGUAUUAAAAGUUUUCAAGCUCCAGUUAAAUUAAUUGAAAGUGUAACUGGAGUUCGUCGAUGUCAACGGUCUAAAAGUGCCGAAGAACCUAUUGAACGGGUAAAAAAUGCUGCUGUUGAUUAUGAAUAUCAAACUUAUGUAAGGGAACUAAGACACUCCAGUAAAAAAUCUGAGCGCUUUAAGGAAUUGCAUAAUUUUUAUUGUAGUUUGGAAAGAUUGGGAGAGUUAGAAAAAACAGCCGAAAAAGCAAGUAAUAAAGUGAGAUCAAGAGGAGACUUAAUAGACUAUGAUAAAUGGAAGACUAUUCGAGUAAAAGAAAGGGCGGAAAAUGAAAUAAAAUCAUUACAUGCAAAAUUGGAAGAUGUUCAAAAAUCUAAAGAUGUGCUUUACAAGACAAAAGACCUAGAAGAUAUACGCUGGAAAAAAAAUUUAGAUCGUGGUUUGAGAAAUAAAGAGUCUUCAGUAAUUGAUUUAAAACGAAAAUUCCAUGCAAUUGGGAUCGACAACUAUCGUAAGCCUGAAGUAAAUGUAUAUCGACCACUUUGGAGAGGAACUUCCGUGCAAGAUGUAGCUACAUCUUUAGAACACAUUACUUCAUCAAAAAGAGGUCGCCCUGUAUCUGAAGAUAGAGAAAGAAACUGCACUUCUAUACCUAGAAGAUCAAGUUCUAAAAGUCCAUCAAAUAUUGGUUGUCGAAUAUGGAGCAGUCUUUCAAUGGAACAAUUGAAUCGACUAAAAACACAACUUAAUGAAGUUUAUAGCACAAUAACUGAUAUAAAAGGAGAAAGAAUACCAAGAUCAUUACAAACUAAUAAAAUGAGAAACGAUUAUGAAAUCGAAGUAAACGAUAGAGUGAAAAAAUCAGAAUUGAAUACUUCGUUGUACGUAAGGUCAAGUUCAAUGGGACCUGUUAGAAAAAAAGAUAAAGAAGAAGGCCUUAGAAAAGCUGAUUCAAUUGGUUCAGUAUGUCUAAGUGAAAAUGAAAAGAAAAAAAUUUCAAAAAAUAUUAGUAUUGAAGUAUUGGAAAAAAAAAAUAAAAAACAUUCUAGAAAUUUGGUGAUACCUAAAGAAACUUUAGGAGCAGUCGCAUCAGUAAAAUGUAAGAAAAAUACUUCCGAAAGUGUUUCGCCAAGAACUUGCUACUCCAUAGAUGUAUCUGAAGAAGAAUCUUUUGCGAAAUGUUAUGAUAAAAAUUAUUUAUUAGUUUUAGCUGAUAACGAAGACAAGAAAAAAAUGGUAUCUGAUUGGGCUAAUGGUACAAAUGUUAGUGAAUCAAGUUCAUCUGCUUCCACAGUUAUACAUCUUGGGACAAAAAAAACAAAUUUACAUACGUCUAAAAGCUUUUCGUCUAUGAAAUGUAUUUUAGGAGAGAGAGAAUGCAUGAGAAGAGUUAUAUCUCCAUCUCCCGAUCGUAGCUACGAAUAUUUAAGUAGAAUUAAAAACGGAGCAGUAAGAAAGCUCUGUAGAAAAUUUGAAAGCUUCGAUGAUCUUAGAUUUCUACACUCUCCGAUUGAAUUGAAUACCAUUAAAAGAUAUAAAAGUGAUCCCGAACUUCAUACGAAUAAAAUUAAAUACCAUGAAUAUGGUGAUGUACAAAAUCUAAAAACAAAAUAUGAACGUUGUAAGAGCCCAGUGCCUAAAUGCCCAUUAAGACCAGAUAACAGACUUAUGCCCCGCAUAAAUGUUAUUAGUAAACUAGCUAGUCUUCAAGACAAGCUAACCAAAGGCGAAGUAGAAAGAAUAAGAACCAUGUUCGAAAACAAAAACCGAGCGUUUAUUUUGGGACAAUUUUAUACAUCUACUCCUGAUUUAAGAGAAGCAAGAAAAAUGAUACCGUUUCUGGAGUGUAAUUGGAUGGCUCAUAGAUAUCCUGAACCCGAACCGAUGACUAAACCAAAAUCAAGACCGAAGUCUGCCUCGCCAGUAAGAUAUAGCAGAAAACAUCAUCAUCCUUCUAUUUUGAAACAUUCCAAACAUGAUGGAUUUUUAAACCAACCGUAUAAUCCCGAAGCUCAUAAGCCGAAGUAUAGAUGGACACCAGCUUGGAAUGGUGUAUGGACCCAACAGCCAACAUUACCGCCAAAACCAUCGGUUGUUAAAUUUAAAGAUUCACCACACAAAUAUGCGGAAUCAGAGGUGACACUACAGUAUCGACGUCCAGUUCGAAACGAGAUUAAAGAAGAAUGGUCAGAAGAAGAUCUGGCCAACAAACAGGCAGAAGCUAUGAGAAGGAUUUACCAAGAAGAAAGGAGAAGAAAGUAUCUCCAAGAACUUCAAGACAUGUCAAACAGAAGACACGCAGACAACUUAUUGCCUUCUCAAAAGUCUCCUAUUCCUUUAAAUCGUUACGAUGACUUCUUAGACGAGACUCCUCAGCCACCAAGAAGCCGGACCCCAGAACCUAAGCUUGUCGCCAGAGCAUUGUAUAAUUUCGUCGGCCAAACGUCCAGAGAAUUAUCGUUCCGGAAAGGUGACAUCAUAUUCGUCCGGAAACAGAUCGAUAAAAAUUGGUACGAAGGGGAACACAACGCCAUGGUCGGAUUGUUUCCUUUCAACUAUGUCGAGGUAAUUCCGUACGAUGGUAUCAGAACAACACCGCAUAGGCCUUAUGAAGGCCAGGCAAGAGCAAAAUUCAACUUUGUGGCACAGACCAAUAUGGAACUAUCAUUAGUUAAAGGGGAACUGGUCGUCUUGACUAGACGUGUCGACAACAAUUGGUAUGAAGGAAGGAUUGGUAGCAAAAAAGGAAUAUUUCCUGUAUCUUACGUUACAGUCCUAGUGGAACCAGGUGAUAUUCCAAAUCCUUCGAUCAGUGCAUCUGUCAAGCCCGUAGCUUCUCCAGCAGCUCAUUCUUUGAUCACCAGUAACCCGCCGAAAACGCAGCACAUGUACCAGCCGGAUAGCUAUUCUUCUAUGCCGACAAGAAAUUCUGGGACUCAAAUGAAGAAACAAACGAAUAACAUUAAUGAAACUCUACACGUUGACGUACAUUCAGAACCUAUGCCUUAUAGGGCGUUAUACAAUUAUAAGCCUCAGAACAGUGACGAACUGGAACUCAGAGAAGGCGAUGUAGUGUUCGUUAUGGAGAAAUGCGACGACGGUUGGUACGUGGGAUCAAGUAAACGGACGGGAUGUUUUGGUACUUUCCCCGGAAACUACGUCCAACGCAGCAUUUGAUCCUUAUAAAAUAACAAUUUUCCUUGCUUCCGCCCUUGUGUCCAGAUUCUCACCCAACUCUCUAAAUAAAAUAUAAUUUUAUAUGCCAAAGGAUUCGCAUUAACUCAUUAAGUUGUUUUUGGAUAUAGUUAUAAACAUUCACUGUUAACAUAUUAUAAUGUAUAUUUCAUUUGUAAUUA